CCGCGCAACCAACCAGUGCUCCCUCGGGAGGGCAUCCGCUGCACCCACCACCAUAUUCUUCUCCGCCGCCCUCUGCGCGCGCAACAUGUCCAGCCACGACUCGCACGCUCUGGUCGACCUCAACAUGGCGCACGCACACCAUGCGCAGCCGGUUGCGACAGACCUCAAGCGGAAACGGAGCAGUUCGCACGAGAACAUGCACCCAGCCGCGCCACACGCAAAGGCCGCCAAGACUCACAACCACCUCCAGAUCAACUACCUGGCACGACACCUGGACGCAGACCUGCCGCUGAUUACCAAUGACGACACACUGCCGAACAUCCUGUCGCUGCUCAGCGACUACCAAGGCGUCCUUGACCGCCAUGAGUCUAUGGCAUGCAACCUGGGCGCAAGACCAUUAGGACCUAUUCUCAUUAAACGAUUUGAAAGAUUGUUUGAUGGGCCGCCGCGGGUGCUUAAGAGCCACGGCAAGGAUGGAACAACGGUCACAUGGCUGGAUGUGGUCGAGUUUGCGCGCAACAAACCAGAGCAGUUCCAAUUGGGGCAGAUGAGCGAAGGAGUUCGUGUCUGCCAGUUUUACACCAAGCAGUGCCGGGUUCAGAUCAGCGAAGAGGACUUUGUACUUAUUUCGUCUGGCAUUCCUCAGAAGAUGAUUCCUCCACAGCCUAUAAUAGAGGACGAGGAGAAGGAGCUGGGAACGAUCGAGAUCCUGGAGAAGAACCUGGGACAAAUCUGCCAAUUGGCCGAUCAGGUUGCCGCGCGCACACGACAGCUCAACCACAGGCUGAAGGGGCGCAAGCAGGCUAUCCUCGACCGUAGAGCGACAGCGAGCCCAGCCCCGCCUAUCCGCCCACUGAGCCCUUCUAAUGUAGCGCUUAUGAACGGCGGUAGCUCCAGCCAUGCAACCCAGGCACAAGCGCAAUCCUCACAAACAUCACCUGGUGGUUUCGUUGCCGUCAAUGCUCGCCCUCACCACGAGCCGAAUGGUAAUGGCCAUGGUCACAGCAAUGGCAAUGGCGCCUCCUCUACCACUCGCCACGACUUGCUGACAAAGUUCCACACCGUCAAUGACCGACGACCCUUGUCACAGAACGUCAAUGGCGUGUCAGACGCGAGACGGCCGUCCCUUGGGCCUCAGGCCUUGUCACAUCCAUCUACACCAGUAACGAACGCUUCGAGAGCUCAUUCCAAGCCUACAGAGGCACAACCACCGCCGCCGCCUCCCAGCCAUGCGAGACCUCCUCAAUUGAACGAAGCUGAGCUUCAGUCGAUGAUGAACUCACCUGUGCCGAUUCCAAAUACACCAUCUAAUCUGCUCCCAGCUGCUAGUCAGCGCGCAAGUCAGCCGGCAGAGAAGGACGAUGGAGGCCCUUACAAGGCUGAGAUGGUCCAUCGGAUGGAGAGUCUAGGGAAGGGCGAGCGCAUCCUCCCACCAUGCGACAGGUGUCGAAGGCUCCACAUGGACUGCCUAAAGAACCUCACAGCCUGCAUGGGCUGCACUAAGAAGCACGCCAAAUGCUCCUGGAAAGAAGUUCGAGAAGGCGAGCUGCACGGCGCAUUCGCCCAUCCUCCUGGCUCAAACAGCAACAUGCAUACCGACACAUCCGACCACGAAAGUCAUGACCGAGCGAGUACCGCUAGUCCACCGUCCAUGCUGAGUCCCCACCAUGGAUACGCAUCGAAUCAUAUUGCCAGCAGCAACGGACGGUCAACGCCGCAGCCCCAGGCGACAGCCCACCCGCCACCACAGCCGCAGCCUCAACAACCCCAGCAACAACAACAACAACAACAACAACAUCAAAUACCCCACCAGCACCGUCCACACCCACAGCAAACACCGCAAUAUCCCCACCCACAAGACUCGCGGAUACCCUCAAGUCGCGACUCGCCCCCUGAACGUGACCGCGAGCGGGAACGGCACGUCGAGGCUCAACUGCAAGAAGCAGCGAAGUCCAGUCUCGCACAGCACGUGACUACCAAACCAGGACCCGAAGCGAAAGGACACGAAUACCAGGCCGUUAUAGCCCAGCAAUAGGAUGCGGACAGGAAUGCCUGGCGAACGAGGACCUGGUGGCUGGACGAUGUUG